UAAUUCAGUUCCCCUCUUCCACGCCAAGUGGUCGCCGUCAGUAGGGUGUAGUGAUGACGUCUUCUAAAACUGGUGUAGUGUCAUUGAUUUUUAGUUUAUAUUGUGUUCGAUAUGCAUCAUCAAUCCUGUGCUAUGACUGCAACAGCGCUUACGAUCCUCGGUGUGGGGAAGAGUUCGAUUCCUUCAGCCUGGGCAUCGUCAACUGUUCCUUGAGGGAUCCUCCGGAACAUUUAGAACCAAUGGAACCUACUUUUUGUAGGUCUAUCAAAAUGGAGAUCUACGGAAAAGUACGAGUGGUUCGUCAGUGCGGCUACUUAGCUGAUGAUGAAGUUAAAGAACAAUCAUGUCGUCGCGUGGUCGGCAACGGCGACUUAUUCGUCACUUAUUGCACUUGUAACACUGACCUCUGCAACUCAGGAGUUGCUCAGAACUACCAACAGAUGGCGCUCGUUGGUGUAGUGUUGUUAUUGUUAUUGUGGUAGAAUUGUUUCGUUAUACAUACGUGGCAUAAAUGGUGUUCAUUUGUUUCUGUUGCUCUUGUUUUUAAUGUGUUAAUUUUAUGAAUUAAAUAGAUUAGGUAUUGUUUUA